AUGGCUGAGGCCAGGCGACUCACGGACCUAAUCCACGGUCACGUAGGACGUCUGACUUAUAUUUCUUCUGAGAAUGCGACGUCUCAACUCGGUUCUCUUCAUACUAGCCGCGUAACUUCUGAAGUCAUUGGAUCUUCAGCGGAGUUAUAUCCGCCAUCAAAGUCGUCAGCUCCCGAAGUCUCGUCGAAUCUCUGGCAGGAACGCCGGACCCAGAGACGAUGGCUUCUCCAGUCGCAUCCUGAGGCCUUCGUGGGCAACUCAGCCCUGCAGGAGCUCUUGGAAGAGAAUAUGAAUCGCUAUUCUAAAGUCGAAGGCGAAGCAGCCGACCGCCCUUUGCUUUCUAUCGGCCAGAUGACAAAUGUCGCCGAUAGUUCAAGAGUCAAGGGAGCCCUAAUGCUAGCUGCAGUCACCGGAGAGUCUGGUGAACUUCUCAGGCUAGCACGUAUCGAUGAGUCGAAAUGGCAAUGGGACCAUAACAAGGACACGGCCUUGCAUUUGUCCGUUAUCGACCCUGAGGACCCGGAUGAAGAGGCGAUAUGGGCUAGUGAUGGUCUGCCAAUCUCGCAAGUCAAGUUUGCAACCAGCCUCACCCGAUACGAUGCUGUACGCUGGGUCAUCGUUCAGAAGCAGACAUCAACUACGAUCCUUCAACCAGAGUAUCACAAAGUCCCAGUUGCUCAGCCACCCACCGCAGACCUCGAUGCCCAGCAACAACGAUUAUCACGGAUUGACCCAAAUCCUAUCGUGACGCUGUCUCAUAAGAAGACUGGCAGCAACGCGCAGGUGGAUGUCGCCUUCAACCCCAACUCAAAAGGCCAGCAUCCCCAGAUGGCCAUCAUUGAUGAAUGUGGAUACUGGAGUGUGUGGGAUGUUAUCGGAAACAAAAACACGCGACUUUCACUGCAGAAAUGCGGUCACAUUUCAGAAGGACUACUGAAUGAGUUGCCCUCAACGACAGAGUCCUCGGCUGAGAAGCAUGGUCUCUUGUUUGUUGGUACCGCCAAGGUAGACAGCUUUUGGGAGGACGCAACACAAGAUGAUGAUGAAGAUGCCAACGGAUUUGCCAGCCGGUCAAGUCAUCUGCUGCUCUGGAAUCGAGAGAAAUAUGAAGUGAUUGACCUGGAGUCAAAUAUGGCUCUUCCUCACCUACCGAUCCUGACUCCGCUGAAAGGAAAGCCUGAUUCAAUUCUUGAUAUUCGCAUCAGCCCUGGCAACCAGAACCACAUUUUCGUAUUGACGAUGCAAAACUUGUUCUGGAUCGACUUGUUCGCGCCCAACAGGGAAGAGGAAGAGUCGUCAAAGCCAACCAUCCUAGCCACUUGUCCCCAUCUACUCGGCGGAGAAGGACUUAGGAUAACCACGUGCCGAGCCUCGGACGAGAAUCAAGAUUCCGCUAUGGUGUUUACCUUUUCUCCUUCCCAUAGACAGCUUCACACGUACUGGUUUGGGCAUUCAAAGGACAAAGAGCUUCCACAAUGGCAUCGCCAGGUCUUGACUCUGCCUCAUGAGAACACGGCUGCGAAGAGUGAUAUCCAGUCCCUCGAGAUUCGCCCUGCCAAGCUCGCGCGAAACGGAGCAUCUACAACUGGAACUGGAUUCGAGUAUCUCAACGCUGGUGUUCAGUUCUACCAAGGAACCAUUCUGAAUAAGGAUCUCGGGGUGCGCUAUUGUAUCUGCGCUUCAGCCAAGGACCGUGAAAUGCAGAUCGUUCUGCCAACCGGUCGGAUAAAACGGUCCAAGACGGCUCAAGCGAAGCGAUGGAAGAAGAAACGAAACCGAUUUCUUCGACAUAUGGGCGAGGUGUUUGUGCUUCCUGACAGCCUGGCUGACACUGAGCUGGCGCAGCUCGUGCAACCUCAUUCCCGCAGAAGCGAACUUGAUUCCAUAAACAUGAGAGAGUCUUCGGUUUUUGGACCAGUUCAUCUGAAGCUUGACUUUCUCUGCCGAGCCCUUCUGGAUAACCUGAUGACUGUUUCCACGAGUCCUCAUGAUAUACCCCCUGCCUUGCUCUCCGCUAUUCAGGAACACAUCGCAGAGGGCACAGCUGAAGGGAGACUUUCACUCAGGACUUGGUAUGGCCUUGAUCAGCUGCCUUCAGAAAGCGACGACGACGGUGCGGCACAGAUCAACAUGUUAGACUUGUUCCUAGAAGAUGACGGUCAGGCUGUCGUUACUCAACUCGGAAGACAGACCUCGAAAGAAUGGGUCAGGGAAUUGAUCAGCUUGUCGCAUCUCAACCAGACCUACGUGGGCCUCUGGCUUGAUCAGCUGGAGGGCAGGUUGCCAAACGAGGAUGAAGAGACCAGGCGGGGCUGGAUCGCAGACCUGGCCAAGGACAUGUUCCUGUCCACAGCUGGUGUCAUGGUCCAGGAUACUCCCCUCCUAGGCUCUAGAAGUCGUGAGAUUGACGAGGGCGGGGUUCAUCACACGCAAAUACGGUCAAGCUCGAUACCUAUCAAGGCAUCGCAGUCGUCGGAUGCCGGAAUUCCUUCAUCCCCCAUCAGCUCAACGCCAAAUGACACCAACGACGCAGCGAUCCGACGACUACAGCUACUUGCGCCAUCAUUGCGGCUGGACAAGAUGGCGUCUGCCAAGAAAUCAAGCGUCCUGUCUUACUGGCCCACCGAGCGCGGUGUUGGUACAGAAGACUAUGUUUCCAGCGUUGCUGUUGCAAGCGACAAGAAGUUUGAUGAUGCAAGACAGCGAUUGCAGAGGAUAGAGACCAAACGCAAGGCUCAUGCUGAAAAGUACAAACUACCAGCAUUUAUGAGACAGGGCGGAAGUUCCCAAAGGGCAACACAGGGCUCAUCGCAGGUCCGCCCGCCAGCAGAUGAGGGUACAUCGCUCCCAGCCCUACCAGCACAGCCAGUACAGAUCAUGUCGAGCCAGCAGCGGGUUCCUGAAUCUUCACAGAGUCAAGGCCUCCUGGGACCUGCGUUUACCAUGAGCCAGCCUGUGUCGGGCGUGUUUGGAGAUAGGAAGAAGGUGAAGAAGGGCAAGAGGAAGAGUGGAUUUAGAUGA